AUGAGUAAUUCCCUCAUGGAAACGAAUAGGGUUCUUGGUGGAGAUAUUGAAGAAGAAAUCGACUUUACGCAUCCAGUGGACCUGGACAACGACAAGAGGUCAGCCACCGUGAGCAAGGGUCGUUUUGGAGACGAUCCUUCCAGCGAGCUCCAUUGCAGGGCCUGGCAAAUGGAACAGCAGGACAUGCUUCAGCUCAAGAGCAUGGACGACGUGACUUUCGCAGUUGUGCAAGGUCAGGAUCAUGAUGACUGGAACAUCAAUGGCAAGAAAACCGACCUGGAGAGUGACAUCAGCAGUGAAGACGAUGAGUCGGACGAUGAUGAUGCUGACUUUGGUGGUGGUGAUGGUGCUUAUAAUGAUAAUGAUGGUGAUAGCUGCAGUCGUGACAGUGUCCUCUCCGCACAGGCCCGAGAGAAUCAACUCAUGGCGGGCAUCAUCAUUGGAAUCAUUCAAGGAAAAAUUGUGAAUGUUUUUGCAGCAUGCUUUCGUUUCAUGAUCGACUCUAUGAUUGCUGUGUACAAAUGGAUUAUCCAGAAAUGCUCAUCAUCCUCAUCAUCAGACGAAGAGGGUGUCACGGAUUUGGCGGCAGAUCUGGCAGAGGAUGCCAUCGAUGUGGGAUACUUCCGUGCGGCCAACAACCAGUUUGCCAGUGGACUUGGUGCCGAGACCACUCCUGGGAAUACAACUGCUAUGAACCCUGGAGUACAAGCUACCCAACAGAUGGCAACUAUGGCAGCCCAAAGUGCAGCUACUGCCACUGCUUCAUCUGCCACUGCUGCAGCCGCAGCAGCUGCAUCUUCCUCCAUUGCCUCCACGUUGGCUGGGGCUGUUGCAUCAGUAGGAGUGGCAUCCCAAGUAGGUGUGGCCGUGGGAGUUGCAGCAGUGUCAAUCAUUGCUGUUGUUUCCACAGCGGUUAGUGACCGUAUGAAUUCAGAGGGCCCCACAGCAUCAACCACUUUUUUGGGGCUUGAUGACACCUUUAUCCCGCCUGUCUGCUCCCCGAAUAUGGAUAUCAAGCAAGGAUAUGUAGAGCUGCAGAUUCAGUCACUGCCAAAGGAAGCAUUGCCUCAGCACAAGUUGAAAAUGGAGAGGAUGUUCCGAACCCUCUACAACAACAUCUCUGGACAGUGCUUCGAUCCUCUACAAAGGGUUGUCCACAAUGCUUCAUUGGAACGCUGGGAGGAGACGGAUGUUGAUCCACAAACGACAAUUACAACAUUGUAUUGGCAGGCCACUGUGGCUUGUAGUGGAUGUCCUGACUGGGAGCCUCUGUUUGAUUCAUCCAUACUUCUUUCAUCGGACGUGGAGAUUGCCAGGGACACCAUGUCAAAUGCUACGGCAAACACAACCACAAUCACAGAUAGCAAUGUGACAGCUAUGAUGCCAUCCAAUAAAACCAACGGAACAUCACCACAAUCAACAGCAGUUACUGGCAGCCUCAAUCCCGAAGAACAACAACUACAACAAGUUCCUUCUUUGGAUGAGUUUUUUGCCGUGUUUGCAACAGCCUUUGGCUUCAAUUUGGGACCAUUGCUGGAAGAAGCCAGUGAUGGUGCAAUCAUCAUUGAAGCUGACGAUGAGGGGUCGCCCAAAGUGGUGUUUGCCACUACCAAGGCAGCUCCUGGCUUUGAAGGCAGUAAUGGAACUGUUUCGAUAGGAGAAGCCGCUUUGGAACAGUUUGAAGACUUUGUGCAGACCAACAAUGGAAAUGUUCAAACCCCAUUCAUCACUGAUGACCUCACAUCAUUGGCUGAUGACCUCUCAUGA